AUGACUGGCUGCCGAAACGUCACAGUUGCACAAUCACAACACAGCUUAGAUUUAAACCUGAAAUCCGCCGAGCUCAUGAGGCAGAGAAACACAGUCCUUCGUGAUUCCGUGAAAAUGUCGGGCACUUUGGAUAUCGAAGCACGCCUAAAGGAGCUGGAGUCUAUCCUUGGACAGACGGUAAUUUUGGUCGAACAGCCGGAAGAUGAGCCUGCAUGCUUGCCCAACGACGAGCGAUCUGGAGUGACACAGAGCAGAGAGGGGAAACCGUCUUCUACGGAAGCUACGGGCGAUCGUGCGACGCCGCAAAAUGCUCCAACAUUGUCCGAUUCGGAAGAGCUCGACGAGAUGGGCAACUAUCGUGAUGCGGCGCCGUUUGCGCACCUCAAGACACAGGAUCUGAGCCACGAAGAUAGGCCAUUCUGUCCUUGGAAGGUGGUCAAGACAUACGCAGAGUGCUUCACCGGCAAGGCGAAUCGUCCAAGGGUCAAGAUUUUCUUCGACGACGUUCUGAACCUCCGAGACUGGAACUUCUUCUACAUUCGUGACACUCGUGACCCUAAGAAAGCACACCUGCUCGUCCCGACCAAGCAAGUCCAAAACUUCCUCAACUUGAUCAAUAACCGCCUCGGCAUCGAGCUCAAGGUCCCCAGAGGACCCCCCGGAAAAGUAUUUUACCUUCGUUUCCCGGGCUGCGGGCCGUUUCGCCCGCGCUACCUUCUCCACCACACGCGCAGCUCGCCGGCGGAUGCACUCACCGCGGCGGCAACGCGCAGCGGCUUCGACAUUGAGGACCCGCACACAUGGCCCCGGGAUGUCGAAGCGAACAAGGAUGCCCUCGCCGAGCUCGAGACGAGCGCAGGGGCGCUUCUCAGCUCCAACAUGGCGUUGCUGCGCCGCGAUCCAAACGAGCGCAGCAAGCUGACGGCCGGGCAGCGCUUCGAGAAGCGGCAGGAAUACCGCAAGAAGGAGAUGCAGGUCAUGCUCGGCUAUAUCCAGCUGAAAGACGGCGCGGUUGAGAAGGAGUCUGACGUUGUGUUCUUUUGCGUGGAUGUGGAGGCUAUUGAGGUGUCGCCGGGCCCGGUGUCGGAGAUUGGCAUGGCGAUUCUCGACAUGCAGUGUAUCGAAGAGCAAUCCCCCGGCAACCGCGGCACGGAUUGGUGGCCACUAAUUAAGGCACAUCAUCUGCGUAUCAAGGAAUAUCAGGGCUUGAAGAACUACCGUUAUGUUCAAGGUUGCCCAGAUAAUUUCCAGUUUGGUGAAAGCACGUUUCCUUCUGGGAGCGAGACCUGCGAAGCCGUCAGGGCCAUCCUGCGACCGUACCUCGAAGCGAAGCGACGCAUCGUUCUCGUUGGCCAUGACAUUAACCAAGACGUCGGCUACAUGGACUCCAUCGGCUUCGACCUGAAGCACGAGACGCGGUGCGUCGGCACGGUGGAUUCACAGUCGCUCUACCAGGUGUGGAUGCAGACGGACAAUUCGCGCUCGCUGAGCACCGUGCUCGACGAGCUUCGCUUCGAGUACAGCUACCUGCACAAUGCCGGCAACGAUGCCGUGCACACCCUGCGCGCGGCGAUUGGAGUCGCCUUUGCCUCGACGGAACCGGCCUCCCCUCCGUAG